AACAGUGUCCAGUCCAACUGCUCCGUGUUGUUCCAUUUGUAAAUCGAUCGCUGUUGCAUUCUCGCAUUUCGUUUCAAAUUCAGUGAGACAAAAUAUAUUUUUAACGAAAAUAUUUCGUCUUUAAGGCGCUAACCUUUUUUUUUUUUUUUUUUUUUUUAACUAAGGAAAAAAAGUAGCAACAUUUAGCUGCCUCAAAUUCACAACAAGCUAAUGCUACUAUAACAAAGCUAGCGACGACGUUGGAGUCAAGUUAUUGUUAUUGUACAAAAUAGUAACGUGGUGUUAAUAUAAUGGGGGGGUUUCGCUUAGUGUGCGUCAGGUUUUAUACGAUACAGUAUACUGUAUUAUGCUAAAAAGUGUUAUUACACAGUUAGACAGCCCUACUAUAUAAGCACCCCUCGCCAUUCGUGAAUUCACAAUUCUAUAUAACACACUGCUAUUUUUGAGUAUCCAUGUUUUUUUGUUUUUUUUUAAGCUGUUUUUGUGACACCCUAAAAUGCCGCCCAUGCGCCUGAGGAGGGUUCUGCCUCACCACGAGAAGAUCAACCUCCUGGAUAUGCUACGAGGAGGAAAAAGUUGUGCCGAUGUAGCUCGCCAUUAUGACCUGAACGAGAGUACUGUCCGGUACAUAAGGAAGAAGGAGACUGAGAUAAGAACGACCCACGGAUUGUUGGAGAUGAUGGAACCUCACCAAUGUGAAACAAGCGGGCAGAAUCUCGCAGAUGGUGGUCAGCCCACUUGUAACUUCACAGAGAGACGCUUACGCAGCUUCAAAAGUAGUAAGUGUACAAAUGCAGACCUCCAAACGCGAGUCUCCACUGAGAGGCCAAAAAGAAAAACACAAUCAAACCUGACUUACACGUCAUCAGUGACAUCAGAUGGGGACGAAGCAGAAGUAGAAGUUGUAGUAGAAGAAGAUGAAGAAUACAAAGACCAAGAAGAAGAAGACAAUGACAAUGAAGAACCAAAGAGACGGAAAGCCCAAAAACAGAGAAAAGCGAAGGGAAAAGACAAAAUAUUGCUGACCAAAGAGUACAUUGCAGAGGAGUCAGAGCACAUGUAUGACACCCAUAUUUGCCACAAGUGUCGACGCUGUUUCAAGAUGCGCUCCCAUCUCCAAGAGCACCUUCAUGUGCAUUUCCCCGACCCGGGUCUGCAGUGUCCCACCUGCGAGCGCUUCUUCACCAGCAGGAGCAAACUACGCGUGCACCAGCUCCGCGAGGCGGGCAAAAAGGCCCACCGUUGCCAUUUGUGUGAAUACUCUGCCGUGGAGCCGAAUGCCAUCCGACGCCACCUUGCCACGGUCCACGCAGACGAAAUGGAAGAGGACCCAACACGCCACCGCUAUCAGUGUCCCACUUGUGGUCAAGGUUUUGGCCAAAGUGGGUCGCUGAAGGCUCACAUAAAGACUCACCACGUCCGAACACCCAAAAUGGCGGUGGCGUGCUCCCAGGAUGGUUGUCCUUUCCGGAGUCAUUUGCGCAGGGCUCACAUGCGACACGCCGCAGAGGAGCACGGGAUCACGGCUGUGGGGUGUCGCCAUCAUGCCUGUGUUGCCGUGUUUCCCAGUGAGAAGCACAUGGAGGUUCACUUCAAGACACACCUUGCUUACCACUGCUCGCAAUGUGAUUUCUCAUGUUCCAACAAGGCCGCUUUCCUCCGGCAUCAGCGGCAGGGUCACGCGGGCAGUGAAAAACUCUGCUGCGACUUUUGCAACUUUUUUACAUUCAACCCAGUGGAAUUCAAGCGGCAUGUUGGACACUUGCACGCCAAUGAGAAGACUCACCGCUGUUUGCAGUGUAGCUAUGUGACAUCACACAAGAGAGCCUUGAAUCGACACAUACUGACGCACAGUGGUGAGAAGCCUCACAAGUGUGAGUUGUGUGACUUCCGGUGCCGAGACGAAUCGUACCUCUCAAAGCAUAUGCGCACACACUCGGACGACAGGAACUUCAUGUGUGAGGAAUGUGGAUAUAUCACUAAGUGGAAGCACUACCUAAACAUCCACAUGAGGAAGCACGCAGGAGACCUCAGGUAUGAGUGUGAUAAGUGCCCAUAUCGCUGUCACCGCUUGGACCAGCUCAACAGCCACAAAUUACGACAUCAGGCCAAAUCGCUCAUGUGCGAGAUCUGUGCAUACACCUGCAAGCGUAAAUGUGAGCUUCGCAAUCACAUGUUGGCCAAGCAUUUGGUAGAGGGCAAGCAAGCAUCUGUACAUAAGUGCAAAUACUGUGCAUACACGACGCGUUUCCGGCAAGCCCUUCAAAAUCACGAGAACUGUAAACACACCAGACUGAAACAGUACCGCUGUGCUCUCUGUCCCUAUUCCUCGUUCAGUAGCAUCAGCCUCUUCCUGCACAAGAGGAAAGCUCACGGUUACGUGCCUGGUGACAAAGCCUGGCUGGAGAAUUAUGCUGCCAAAGAGAGGGAGAGGAACUCUAAUAGCAUGCUACAGGACUCACUGAUAGGUCAUGAGAAUUCUGGGGUGUCCACCGAAGAACCCAUUCCAACGGAACAGUCCGGGAAUCCAGGCGCUCCAGCAGAUCAGAGUGCCGCAGAAGCUGCUGAAGUUUGUUCAGAGGUUUUUCCAUCCCUUAAUGCUGAUGCUGUCCUGAGUAAGGAGCGGACCAGUGAAGGAAUAUUACGUAGUCCUCCACCUGGGACCAGUCUAGAAUACUGCACCCUUGUUUUAACAACAUUGACCCCUGACUGUGAAAAUGUUUUUUUGCCAAAGGAGGACGCAACCUCUCAUAUUAUGUCCACUACCUCAGAUUCGGAAAAACAAAAAGAAGUCAUCUCUUUGUCUAUAAACUCAGCUGAAGAAGAUGAGAUAACCACUGUUCAUGACGAGGCUGAAAAAAGUUCUGAUGAGUCUGAGAAUGAAACUCCAGAAUCUCCACCCGAGAAAAAUCAGGUCUUGGAACACGAUUGCCCUUUGAAUCCUACGAGAACACAAGCUGAAGCUCUGGUUUUGGACGGCAGGGUCUGGAUGCUUGCGGUGCCAACUAAAGACCAGUGCUCUUAUGUCACCAAGAAGGAGAAGACUCUUCAGCGCCGCCGUCGGUCUUUGUGUCGUAGUAGACCGCAGCAUCAUGAGUGUCAGGCCUGUAAUUCCCAGUUGAAACGGAGACGGGGCCUUGAUGGCCAACUUGCCAAGAAGUGCCCACAAACAUUUAUUAGCAAGGCAGCCGAACAGAUAGAAGACAACUCUACUGUGAGUCAGGAAACUUCUGAGAAACUCAGAGGAGCAAAUGUUCUCUCACAACAAAAGGGAAUUUCAGCAGAAGUAGAUUAUCAUGAUGCCUCUGUUCAUAGUGCCUCGAUAUCCAGUGAGCCAAAUCGUAAUCAAAGUCAACAUGGAGACGUUUCGGGGAACAGAAAUGUAGCACAUACCGGGAAAUUCAUGUGCAACUUUUGCAGUUUUUCAUCAGUCAAGUUCGCAACCGUUAAUCGACACAUUUCCGGUUGUCAAAAACGCAAAGAAGGCAAUCAAGUCAUCAGUAUGCCAGUCGAAGAAAAGCAGCCUAUUGAGGAGAGGCCUGGGAAAGGUUCUUCCAGUGUGUCUGAGGGUGGAAUGAGAAAUGCUUUAGCUCUCCAGGAAAAGCCCAAUGUGGUCCAGAGCUCUAUGUGUGCUGUUAAGCCAAAGCAUUUACCCCGCAACUCUACCGUUGAGCAAGAGGGAUGCAAAACACAAAACCAAAUGGGUGCUUCGUCCCCUCACACAUGUCGUUAUUGUCCUUUCAUCACCACCAGGCGCUACCGUUUGGUAGAGCAUCAGACCCUUCACACAGGAACCGGACGCCACAUCUGCGACGUCUGUGACAAGACCUACGGAUCGGUAACGAAGCUGCGCCAGCACAAGGUGCGUGUUCAUGACAGACGACCCGCUUGGCCAUGCUCAUUUUGCGACUACAGCGGCUACAGGGCGGACGAUGUAAGGCGACACGCUCGCAGGUGUCACAUGGGGGACUCACAUCAUGACUGCACUGAUUGCGAGGCUCGCUUCAGUUCAGAAGCGGCUCUGAGAAACCACCGCAAACGAGCGCACCGGCAGCCCGCGCAUUCUGCCUGCGAGCGCUGCGAUUUCACUUGCAGCAGCGAGGCCACGCUGAGGAACCACCAACGGAGUGAGCACCAGGAGUCAUUCGAGACCAAAGAAAUCUUUAAGGCUUAUCAGAGAAUCCACCUCGCUCACCAGUGUCAGCUCUGCUCUUUCGCCGGCAAAACCAGACAGCUCCUCGCACAGCACCUUCUUGAUGAGCACGAGGAGUCCACCCUGAACAAACCACUCCGGUGCGGGAGCUGUGCAUUUGCUUGCCGGCAUCCACUGGUGUUGGAACAGCACCUGCGCUCGCAUGGAGGCAAGCGCGUGUACAAGUGCGCAGAAUGCAAGUACUCGACAGGCAACAAGCAGAAGAUCACCUGGCAUGUUCGCAUACACACGGGGGAGAAGCCGCACAGGUGUGAGCAUUGUAGCUACGCAUGCGUCGAUCCCUCAAGGCUGAAGCUUCAUAUGAGGGUUCACCGAGAAGAGAAAAAGUACCUUUGUCCUGAGUGUGGCUACAAAUGCAAGUGGGCCACUCAGCUGAAGUACCACAUGACCAAGCAUACAGGAGAGAAGCCGUACCCCUGCGACCAGUGUGACUACCGCACCAACCGAGCGGAUGCCCUCCGCGUCCACCGGGCCACGCGUCACUGUGACGUGCGCGCCUACAUUUGCGAGAAAUGCGGCAAAGCCUUCAAGACCAGCUUCAUCCUGAAGACCCACCAGCGCCAGCACGGCGACGAGCGGCCAUACGCUUGCGGCGUAUGCCACAAGGCUUUCCGCUGGCCCGCCGGCCUCAGGCAUCACUUCUUGACACACACCGAGCAGCUGCCAUAUCGCUGUUGUCGCUGUUCGUAUCGAGCCAAGCAGAAGUUUCAGGCGGUGAAACAUUUGCAGAGACACCACCCAGGGACGCCGGUGGAGCAGGGGGUGGUGAGGGACUCGGACACUGGCGGCCUCACCCUGAAGGAGGCUAUGCAAGGAAUGCUGAACGAUAGAGUAACAGAGGAGAAGCGAGAACAACAAACACCGAGGAGCGGACAAACUGUGAGUUGAACUCAAGUGUUCCAGUGAUCAAGUCUUACUCAUGUCAAUAAUGGAUCACGUCUUUGUAUUCCAGUUAAAAAAAUUAGCCACUCUGUCUCCAGAGUCGCUUUAACCCUCCUGACAUGUGAUUAAAAUUACCCCGUGUUAAUAUUUGUAAAAAUGCGAAAACAAAUAUCCUGCAGGUCUUUUUUUCUUUGACUUUUUUUUAUGACAUACAGUAAUCCAGCUAUUCACGGGGUAUAGGGACCGAGCCCGACCGUGAAAAACCGCAAGUAAGUGAUGCUGCCCAUAAAAUUGUUUAUAAUUGGCUGUAGUAAUAGUUUUAACUGUAAAUAUAAAUGUACCACAAAGUAUGAUCCCAAAACAAUUUAAUAUAAUUACCAACGCAUCUUACAACAUAACCUUUGAAAAUAAAUGGCUGACAGAUGAUUGGAUUUUGUUUUUAUUAAAAAAAACAAAAAAACCUGUACAUCACGAAGACUCUGCAACUUCCACUAACAACCCAGGCUCAACUUGAUGAACGUACAAAGUGGUACAAGCUCAGUUGAGAUGUAUCACUUUAACAUACUUCGUAGGACCAGUUACUAUACAGUACCGACAAGGCUUUGGCACCAUCUGUCACCAUCUGUCAUUUUAGAGCAUUUCAGAAAGUUUUUCAUUGAACUGCUGGGAACAGGUUCAACAGAAUGAAUGCGAAUAUGUGAAUUGAGAAGUGUGAACCACAAAUAUGUGGAGAUUUACUGUAAUUUUUGAAAUAUUUUUGAAUGUACAUGCUAUUCUGAAUAUAAUGACAAAUGGGCAGAAAUUUAGCAGGUCACAUUGUCCCAUGAAUAUUUUUGGAGGGUUAAUCAACAGCUUCAUACUGAAUAUAGUAUAUUUGCUUAGUAUAAGGAUGACAUAAUUGGAUUAACCUUCCUGUUACUGUUUUUUUUGGGUAUACCAAAAAUAGUCAUGGU